UCCGCUUCUGGUCACACUAUCUGCUGAUGCCAUUUCGAAUCAAACAAUAAAUUCCGGCAUUUUAACCCAACUUCGCCAUGAAGGAUCCCUCCACUACGAUUCUAGCCUCAGAUUCAGAAGAUCUGCUGGAAGCCCGCAAUAUCGAACUGAAAAGGGUGCUUAAGCUGAAACUAGUGCUGGACGAGCUGCGGGCUGAACUUGGGUCGCGAUCAGAGUCCGCAAACUAAAAAUGUCCUCAAAUUGUGUCCAUUGGGGACUUCAUGCGCCUGGGCGAGAGCGAAGGGGACAAGGAACAAGUGCUAGGUCUGCCGGAUGCCAGCAGUUUCCCUCCUCUGAGCUACGUUGAUCGCAAAACUAUACGCGACAAGUUGUUCUCCCAGCUGAGAGGCUCUCUGCAACCGAUUGCUGAGUUAGGAGACAAGAUGCGCGAAGAGUUUCCAGAUGAUUUCGCCCAGGAAGCCGGACUGAGCGCCGAUCAGAAAGAGAUAUUGCAAUUGGAAGAGGAACAUCGCAGAAGCCUGGAGCAGCUGGUAGAACUGAUGUGGCGCAAGUGCUCCCUGCUCAGGGACGCCGCCGAACUUAAGCUGGGUCAACUGGCAAACGAGCUCAAACUGAAGCAGGCGCAGAUGCAACUCGUCCAAGCCAAGGCGGAACUGCUGCGCAGUAUCAUUGCCCACGAAGCUGUCUCACGCACCGAGCACAGUUUCAAGGCGCACAAGGAGGUGGAGGCCUACUUGGACGAGCUAUUGGCCGCCAAAAAUGCGCCCACCAAGAAGUAGAUUAAGCAAUUAUCUCUGAAAUAGGUU